AUGGAUGAUGUGAUCGUCCUCUCAUCAGACGACGAAAUCGAAACUCCACGGCCGUCCACAUCGUCGGCCCGCACAGAAUGGCCCAUAUUUUCCCAAAAGGCUUACACCAAUACGCAAACCAGCACCGAAUUCUCCCAAAGUUUUUACGGGGCGACGAAGAGGACAUUGCCAGACACGUCGGCUACGGACGCGAAACGACCUCGACAAAAUGAAGUUGAAACGCGCCCGGCUGCCACUGUAAAGCCACAGAAAUGUGCCAAACCCGUCCAAUCGUCUGGUAACUGUGCUCAGGAGGCUUGUUCGACUUCUGCAUCAAACUCGGCUAAACCUUCGAGCUCAUCAAAAUUUGCGAAGAAUAUGGGCGUUGAGAAAAUGCCGGCCGACGAAAUUACCGGAAACUUGCAAAAGAUUUUGAAGGAAGUUUUUGGCUUCUCUUCAUACCGGAGUCAAAACCAAGAACGGGCUAUUGCGACGGUGUCAACUAGAGAAAGAGACGUGUACAUUUCAUUUCCCACUGGAGCCGGAAAGUCGCUUUGCUAUCAGCUACCAGCCCUCCUAUAUGGAGGUAUCACGAUCGUCGUCUCGCCAUUAAUUGCUUUAAUUACCGAUCAGGUAACCGCGCUUCGGAGCAAGGGAAUCCCGUCCGUUGCCCUUAAUUCUAAAUUAAACUCGACCGAACGAGGGGCUGUUUACGAUGACUUGAGAAAAGAGAUCCCGACCACAAAGCUGCUCUACUUGACGCCCGAAGGAAUUGCGACGGAUCCUGUGCAACGAUUGAUCUCAUCACUUCAUCGACGCCAUCUAUUGAGCUUUAUCGUUGUCGAUGAGGCCCAUUGUGUCACCCAUUGGGGUCAUGACUUCCGCCCGGACUACCUGAAGCUUGGCCUGCUGCGAGACAUUGCGCCUGAGGUGCCAUGGAUCGCACUGACCGCAACUGCUUCAAACGAGGCUCAAGAAGACAUCCUGCAACAGUUGAAGAUGAGACGGGCCAAACUUUUCAAGACGCCCACAUACCGCUCGAAUCUGCAUUAUGAUGUGCAAGUCAAAGAGUUGGUGAAGAAUGCGUCGCCCGAGUUACACUUGGCGCGCUUUAUUACGCGGAUUCUGACAGUGCAGGAUGAUGGCUCCACCUCGACGCUUGUUACGGACGGAAAAUACACUGGUUCUGGGAUUGUAUAUUGUCGUACUCGCGACGAGUGCGAACAGAUGGCGACCGUUCUCGAGCAGGCCGGUGUUUCUUGCCUCCCCUACCAUGCGGGCCUUAAGAAUCAGGUGCAAGAGAAAUGGAUGCGCAACGAGCUGGCGGCUAUCACGGCGACGAUCGCGUUCGGGAUGGGCAUCGACAAGCCGGAUGUGCGAUUUGUGAUCCACUGGACGAGCCCUUCCAAUAUGGCCGCUUACUAUCAGGAAUCCGGACGCGCUGGUCGAAACGGUCUGCGGGCCUACUGCCGCAUCUAUCACAGCAAAUCCGACCGGGGCUUCUUGAAUUUCUUGGUGGCGCGGGAAAUUGGACAGGUCAAGCAUAAAAAGAGCGGCAACGAGAAAGAGCGGGACCAACAAGUGAAAGCCAUCGAGCUUGGCUAUCAGAAAAUGAUGGAUUACAUCGAGAACCCGUGCUGUCGUCACGUCUCCCUGGCGCGCUUCUUUGGAGAUGAGAAGACGAAGGCGUGCAAGGAGAAUUGUGAUUUUUGUUUGAACCCUAAACAGACGGAGACGGCGGCCGAUCGAUCCACAAGACGAGAGGACAAAGAUGCGGAAGAUGAGGGAACAUUCAAGAGUGCCCGCGAACGCCUCGACAAGGAAAUUGCGAACGAGGCACGCGCAAUGAUCGCCGGAGAAUUUGCGAAACGACGCGUCAAUAGGUCUACAAAUGAACGAAGGGAGACUAAUGACGCUGCGCCACUCGUAUCAGAUUGUCCACCGCUAGAUUUGAAUGAUAAGCGCAUCCCGAAAUUAACGAAAGAGAAAAGAAACGGUGUCGUCGACGCCAUCAGAAAAGCGUUGAAGUCGAAUUGGCUCGACGCCAAGCAUCAUUUGGUCCCAAAGACUGCCCAACAAAUCGAGCACGACAUCUUCAAGACGUCCAAAUUCGAUGGUGACUACAGCAGUAAAGCCGCUGCAAAAGUGGGAGAGAUUCGAAAGAAAACGAAGGCGUCCGAAGAGUAUCUGUGGCCCCCAUGCAGCGACAAUCCGUUCGUCAACGCGUCCAAUUUACUCGGC